AAUUCAUGGUAAAUCAACACGUCAACCAAUAGAUAAGAAGUGAAAAACGCCGGCUAGUUUUAAUAACAGUCUAUUGUCUUUCAACAUGGAGGCCGCAAGUUCUGUGGUCACUAAUCCAAUCGAUAGAAAAGUAGCGCUGAUAACGGGCAUUACGGGUCAAGAUGGUUCCUAUUUGGCAGAGUUUCUGCUGGACAAGGGAUACGAAGUGCAUGGAAUUAUCCGGCGUGCGAGUACCUUCAACACUUCACGCAUCGAACAUCUGUACGCCGACCCGAAGACGCACAGGGAGGGUAAAAUGAAGCUGCAUUAUGGCGACAUGACGGACAGUAGCGCGCUAGUGAAGAUAAUCGCACAGGUGCGUCCGUCGGAAAUUUAUAACUUGGCUGCCCAAAGUCAUGUGAAAAUUUCCUUCGAUUUGAGCGAAUACACGGCCGAGGUGGAUGCGGUCGGAACGCUGCGCUUGCUGGACGCCAUCCGGACCGUGGGGUUGGAAAAGUCGGUACGAUUCUACCAAGCGUCCACAUCGGAACUCUACGGCAAGGUGGUGGAAACGCCACAGAAUGAAAAAACACCCUUCUAUCCGCGUUCGCCGUACGCCUGUGCCAAGAUGUACGGUUACUGGAUUGUGAUAAAUUACCGCGAAGCGUACGACAUGUUUGCCUGCAAUGGCAUCCUUUUUAACCACGAGUCUCCGCGGCGGGGAGAGAACUUUGUGACCCGUAAGAUAACCCGGUCGGUGGCGAAAAUCUCGCUUGGCCAGCAGGAGUGUUUGGAGCUGGGCAAUCUUGACUCCAAGCGUGACUGGGGACAUGCGAAGGACUACGUGGAGGCCAUGUGGCUAAUGAUGCAGCAGGAGAAACCGGAAGAUUUUGUCAUCGCCACUGGGGAGACGCACUCGGUGCGGGAGUUUGUGGAGAAGGCUUUUCAGUACAUUGGCCGCGAGAUUGAGUGGCGAGGGACCGGUGUGGAUGAGGUGGGCGUAGAGAAGGGUACCGAUACGGUUAGGGUGCGCAUCAACUCGAAGUUCUUCCGACCGACCGAGGUCGAUUUGCUGCUGGGUGAUGCGUCUAAAGCGAAAGCACAGCUAGGCUGGUCACCGAAGGUAACAUUCCAGGAAUUGAUUAAGGACAUGAUGGCGGCCGACAUUCAGCUAAUGAAGAACAACCCCUCUGCUUAGAUGCCAUUCUAGAGAGAAGCCAGUAAAUGGCAAGAUUUUUUAUUGUGCACCAUAAUAAUUUUUUCAUAUUUGUUUUUGUCAGUAUUGGAAAGAAGAAAGAUUUUGUAUCUCGCAACGUUUCCAGCAAGAGCAUAGCGCUUGAGGAACAAUAAUGACAAAGAAUUGAAGUUCUGCUAUAUUCCAACAUCAUAAUUCAAGUAAGAAUUGUAUGUUUUUUUAAAAUAACGUUUUACCUGCAAAUAUAAAUCAAAGUUAAUA